AUGGGAAUGCCAAACAGAAAUUUAUCUGCCAUCUCUGUCUCUGUUUUCUUCCUCAUUUCUCUUCUUCUUCUCAUCUCCUUCUUCGGUUCCACACCUGGCCCUGCAAAAUCCUUACUUUCAAAAUGGAAGCUUGAAUUCCUCGCCCCAUUCCAACCCUCCAGUUCAGUUGUGACUCAACAACGAUCACGACUGGAGAUGGUGGAAUUGACACUGGCAAGGGCACGAGCAUCAAUCAAAGAAGCUGCCAAGGCCUGCAAGAACAUGACCUCGAACCACCAAGACCCAGAUUAUGUUCCUCAUGGACCCAUUUAUAGAAACGCCAAUGCCUUCCACAGAAGCUAUCUUGAGAUGGAGAAGUCAUUCAAAAUAUACGUGUAUGAGGAAGGAGAACCGCCCAUCUUCCAUUCAGGACCGUGCAUGAGUAUAUAUUCUUCAGAAGGAAGGUUCAUAGAAGAAAUGGAAAAAGGGAAGUUUUAUCGAACCGGAGAUCCAGAUGAAGCUCUGGUUUACUUUCUUCCGUUUAGUAUAGUUAGAAUGGUUCAAUAUCUAUACGUUCCAGGUGCUCCUGAGUUUCACGCCAUUGACAGAACACUUCAGGAUUAUAUUGACGUUAUUUCUCAUAGACAUUCUUAUUGGAAUCGAAGUCUUGGAUCUGAUCAUUUCAUGCUUUCUUGCCAUGACUGGGGGCCAUACACGACAGCAAAUGUUCCUGUUUUAUUCAACAACUCAAUCAGGGCUCUAUGCAAUGCCAACACCUCAGAAGGGUUCAAUCCCUCCAAAGACGUGUCGUUGCCGGAGAUAAAUCUCCGGUCAUCGGAGUUCUCAUUAGGGGGGAAGCCAGCGAGUGAGAGGAAAACUCUGGCAUUCUACGCCGGGGGAAUCCACGGCCACAUUCGGCAUCUUCUGGUGAGCGAAUGGAAAGGAAAGGAUCCGGAGAUUCUGGUUUAUGAAAAGGCGCCGGAAGGGAUGUCGUACGAUGAAAUGAUGAAGGAGAGCCGUUACUGUCUGUGUCCAAGUGGGUACGAGGUUGCUAGUCCUAGAGUAGUGGAGGCAAUCUAUUCGGAGUGUGUACCUGUUCUGAUAUCGGACGGUUAUGUUCCUCCGUUGAGUGAUGUUUUGAAUUGGGAAGCUUUUUCGGUGAUCGUGCCGGUGAAGGAGAUUCCGAAUAUUAAGAGGAUUUUGAAUGGAAUUACAGAGGAAGAGUAUUUGAGGAAACAGGAGAGAGUUAAACAAGUGCAGAGACAUUUCGCCAUUAACGGACCUCCUCAAAGGUUUGAUAUUUUUCAUAUGAUGGUUCAUUCCAUUUGGCUUAGGAGGUUAAACGUUAGAAUACUUCAUCCUUUGGAUUUAAAUUAA